GCCCCGUCAGAAGUCACUGCCAUCCUGCUGAUCCUAGAGGAAUUAGGGGGUAUCUGACCCUGCACCUUCCCCACUACUUACUGCCUGUAUUUCUCCAGUCUGCAGCUGCCAUGUACACCAUUACCAGGGGCCCCAGCAAACUUACUACCCAAAGGAGAACAGGUCCCAAGCAGCAGAUUGACACCAAAGAACUAAAAAGCAAACAACAGCUUCUUAUAACCGCUUCUUCCUGGGAGCCACUUCCAAGUAACCCAGUUCCUAAAUUAGUGUUUAAUCGUGUGAAUGGGAAACGUUCCCAGACUUCAGGCCGUGCCCAGGAGGAAGAAGUUUACACACUGGAACAUGAAGAGAAUGUUCGUUUUGUUUACCAAGCCUGGCAGGAAGUACAGAACAAGUUGGAGGAAUCCAAUCAAAAUGGAUGUGCCCCACAGCAAUACCAAGACCAUAGCCCGGAUACCGCCCUAAAGAACUUUGUUCCGAUUGACCUAGAGGAGUGGUGGGGACAGCGUUUCCUUGCGAACAUUGAAAACUCUGCUUAAAGGAGAGUGUCUGCAUCUUUUGCAAAAGGACUUAUGACUCUCUCAUGCCAUCAGGGUAUUCUGGUAUCUGUAGCAUCGUGCACUAUUCCUUGAGAGGGAAUCCAAAAACUGUGGUGAAGACAAUGAAGAUGCUAUGAUGACAUUUGCCGCACUUCUGUUUCCGAAAAUAACACACGUCCCCCUCUUCUGAGACGGAUAUGAACACAAAAGUUUUCGGCCUCAAGCCAGAACUAGCAGUGGUGAUCUGCUUAAUAGGUCAGGGAUUUCCACAGCCCUUUGAAGAAGAAGAAAACAACACUACAAGUUGAUCUUGGCUACAAUCCCAGAAUCCUUUUGUGCAGAGGAUGUUGGAGACAUAGCUAAUUGUGGUAAAUUUAAGGGCUUUCCUCAUUUAGUGGCAAGUCCACUGCUGCAGUAAAGGCACAAGAAAUCUUCCCCUCCGUGAGAGAUGUAUGAUUGACAACUGAUUAUUUGCUUGCUUUGAGUGUUUGAGAUGACCAGACUUCCUGUAUGCAUGGUUCAGUUAAUGCGACCGCCCUUUGCGUACCAGAAUAUGCAGACCUCAGAACCACUGGUUUGACAAUGUCUGGAAUUCCUGUGAACCAAGGGACACAACACUUCCCCUCUCAUCCCUGCCCUUUUUUUAUUGGAGGGGUCUGUACAGAGUGGGAAAUAUCUAUUUUUCUAAAUAAAGUUGGGUUUUGCCUCAA